CAGCAGGAUGCCCAGGAAGGGAAGGCGGUCCGAGGCAGCGAGGCUUAGAUGGAGUAGGCUCAACCAGGAGGAGCCAAGGCCAUCCAGUCCCCCUCCGCAGGCGGUCCAGACGGUGUCCCCCCAGGUUGAGGAGUCCAGGAAGGGGCCCAUACCAGCAAGACGGUCCAGGACCAUGGACACCCCAUCCCCCGGCUCCCGAUCUCCUGUCAGCAACUUGGUUGGAUGGUCGCUGCCAGCCAGACUGCUGUGGGGACCGGAUGAUGCGCGUGCCACCCUUGCUGCACGCCGCGGUACCGGUUACCGCCACUCAGCCAGGACAUGGCCAACUUCCCCCUUCACUGGGCGGCAGCACAAGUUGGUCGUGCCACCCGAGUCUCCUGACAAGAAGUUUGUUCUGAUUGUCGGAGACUCCCAUCUACGUGCCCUGGUAGAUGGUUUGGUUGACAUGCCAGAGGGAUGCCUUUCCUUUGGCUUCAUGUCAACCCCGGGGGCCUCUGCCUCUCAGCUGCAGACCGAGGUGCAACAUGCUGUGCUUCCUUGGAUCCCUGAGGCAGUCUGUCUGCUGGCCCCCAGCAACAACCUGACCGCCAGCAGGACUGUCGAUGAGGCUGCCAUCGAUUUUGCCAAGCUCCUCACUACGGUGAGGAACCCUGCCCAAGUGUUAGAUUUUCCUCCCCGCCUGAACGUCGAGGUGUCCCUAACCAAGACUUUCUUUUCUUCUUCGCAGGAGUUCCACCACGUUGCCGCUCGUAUGGGUGUGAAGUCUCCUCGUGCGGAGCACUUCCCACUUACCCCGACUGGAGCUGUGGAGCAGAAAAGAUGGUGCCCCAGGGGUAGACUGCCCUGGUGCCCUGAUCACCACCCGGGGAUUAUUCUGCCCCUGUGCUGCCACGGCCACUGGCUCCUGUGGAAACAGGUGUCGCCUUUGCCCUUCGAACGCACAGUGUGGGAGGUCCUCUCCGUCACCUGGAAUGGCCCUGUCCAGCGCGGUCGGACACUUUCGUUUGAUGACUCUCACAAAACCCACUCUGGUUCUGGAGGUGCUGUCUUCGUGGCACUCUCCUGCUGGGCCUUCACCUGCUUGGAAAAUACUGACACCAGCCCUAUAGUUCAUGGAA